AGACAUAAAGGAGAAGAAUUCAUGAACUAUUAUAUCUCUGUAAGCUAUCUUUCUCUUCUUUUGUCAACCUAAGCAUUGGAGGACGUUUUGAUUCCUUUGCCUCGAGUUUUUUGUUUUGAAACUACAUGCAUGCCUAACAUCUCAAUCUUUCAUGCAUGAGUCAAACAUCCUAAUUCUUAGGGAAAGAUUAGCAUACAAGCCAGAGAUCCCAAUCUCUUAUGAAAGAGACAAAUGUCCUAAAUGUACUCUUUAAUGCUAGAAGAAGGUGUGGUAUCCUCAACUUCUUAGAUCAUAUCGACCUUGAGUUGACCAAACCAAAGUAAUACCAAUAUUCGUAUUAAAACAUUGAUAUUUUCUAUGCAAAAAGAUCAAUUAAUUCCUUAAUUAAGGUGUCAAAUUGAAUAAUUAAUUAGAUGGAAUGAUACAGUCGAGCUAUAUUUGGUACCGUAUUGGAGCAAAAAUGGACUAAUUCUUUGUAAUUUUUUGCGGGCUUUUUAGAGCUCAACUAAAUUUGGGGUUUACCAUCAAAGAAUUGUGGAUGAUCUAAGCAUGUUUUUGCACCCUCCACUCAAUCAAACCUACCCUAGACUGAAAUGUUUGCUCAUCAAAAAAAUGUUUUCAAGUUUGGUCUAAUCUGUGCUUAAUAAGAAUUCGAGGGGUGAAAAUGGAACUUCGGAGAGCAAGAGUGCAGCCCAAAUAUGUGCUUGAUAUCCACUGUGUAUAGUAUACUACCCUAAAAGCGAGACGGGAGCAAUCGCAGCCUCACAAACGUCGAUUCACAGACUUGCCCUUUGUCCCCCCCAAGUUGAAGGCGAAGAAGUGAAAUGGCGGCUGCUACAACAACCACGACGGCUGCUAGAGUAACGGCGUUCGCCGGAGGAGUGUUGCGGUAUCCCCGGUCUAUACCCUCCCCGGCUUCCUAUUUCCUGAAGCCGUUCUCCGCUAGCUCCGGCGCUCUGCGUCUCAGCAGCCGGGCACUGUCUUCGCCGUCUGCCAAGGGGCGGCGAUUCUAUACUUGCAGAGCCAUCUACAAUCCUGAGGUCCAAAUCAAAGGCGAAGGCCAACCGGAGACUCUCGAUUACCGUGUAUUCUUCGUGGAUCACUCCGGCAAAAAGGUUUCGCCGUGGCACGACGUGCCGCUUCAAUUGGGCGAUGGAGUUUACAACUUCAUUGUGGAGAUUCCCAAAGAAAGCAGUGCCAAAAUGGAGGUGGCGACCGACGAGCCAUUCACUCCGAUCAAGCAAGAUACGAAGAAAGGGAAGCUUCGUUACUAUCCAUACAACAUAAAUUGGAAUUAUGGGCUGCUUCCUCAAACUUGGGAGGACCCUUCAUUUGCAAACAAUGAAGUUGAUGGUGCUUUUGGGGAUAACGAUCCAGUUGAUGUGGUUGAGAUAGGAGAGAGGCGAGGAGAGAUUGGUGAAAUUCUUAAGAUCAAGCCACUGGGUGCUUUGGCCAUGAUUGAUGAAGGCGAGCUUGAUUGGAAAAUAGUUGCUAUUUCCUUAGACGACCCAAAAGCUGCACUAGUGAAUGAUGUUGACGACGUCGAGAAACAUUUUCCGGGGACUCUUACUGCAAUCAGGGACUGGUUCAGGGAUUAUAAAAUUCCUGAUGGCAAACCUGCAAAUAAGUUUGGUCUUGGAAACAAGGCAGCAAAUAAGGACUAUGCACUCAAAGUGAUCAAAGAGACCAAUGAAUCUUGGACGAAGCUUGUUAAGAGAUCCAUUCCGGCAAAUGAUCUUUCCCUCGUGUAGUCUGAAGCGCAGAUGAAAGAAUAAACAUUUCAGUUGGCUCUGUCUUCACCAAAUUGCACAUCUUCCAUUGUUUUGCAUCUGCAUAUUAGUUGUGUCUUUUUCCUUUGGCGUUGGCCCCUAAUUUAAGUAUUGACUUGCGGCUCGUAAGUAAUAAUGAUAUAUCUUAUGUAUAUCACCAUUUCUUUAUCAUUGAAGAGCUGCUUCUGCUUCGCAGAAACUAGAAAGAACUACUAAUAUACGUAUUGUCAUGCUUGGUUGUUUCCUACUAUUAGAAUUGUAGUAGAAACAGGCACUCGGCUGCCAGGUCGACUCAUUUCAGCUUAAUAACCGCGAGAAUCGGAC